AUGGAUUCGGUCGUUUCAGUUUCGCCGAUUGCUGAACAAAUCCUGCUCGAUGAUGGAAGUCCAUUUCCGUUGGUGGUUACACCAAAAUCUGAUCGUAUAGUGAAUAUAUUCGAAGCUGUCACUUUCAUUGAAGAUCAUCGUGAAGAAUUACUUUCACGUUUGAUUUUAUCUGGAGCUAUUCUAUUUCGUGACUUUCCUAUUUGUGAUGCUCUGGCGUUUGAUACAUUUGCACGAGCAUUUAAAUGGGUUCCUUUACCAUAUAUCGGAGGUGCUGCGCCGCGUCGACAAGUAACUGAAAUUGUUUUUACUUCGAAUGAAAGUCCUCCAUCAGAACCUAUUCCAUUCCAUCAUGAAAUGGCACAAGUACCUAAAUUUCCUAAGCAUUUGAUGUUCUUCUGUGAAAUACCAUCGAAAUCCGGCGGUGAAACACCAAUUGCCUAUUCGCCUAUGGUGUACAAUCGAAUUAGUCAAGCAUUGCCUAGUUUCGUCCAGCAAUUAGAAGCAAAACAAGUGCGAUACACGCGAAUACUGCCCAAUGGAGAUGAUCCACAAUCGGCCAUCGGGCGCGGAUGGCAAUCAACUUAUCAAACACAAGAUCGUUUCCAUGCUGAACAAGUCUGUCGAGAGCAAGAAUGCGAAUGGCUCGACGAUGGCUGUUUGAAAACAGUGACGAAGAUUUUACCAGCUAUUCGAUUAGACGAAAGAACUGGAAAGAAAUCCUGGUUUAACUCUAUUGUUGCAGCUUAUACAGGGUGGUCAGACAAGAGGAACGACGGAAAACGAGCAGUGAUGUUCGCUGACGGUACUCUCAUGAACAAAAAUGAUAUUGAUCAAUGUGGCAAUAUACUCGAUGACUGCAGUGUGAGUUUUCGCUGGCAACAAGGCGACGUUUUACUGGUUGAUAAUCGUCAAGUUCUACAUGCUCGUAAAUCAUUCGAACCUCCGCGACGAAUUCUAGCCGCACUCUUUGAAUAG